AUGGAAGUAGCUACUCAACAAAUAAAAUUCCAUUUCAUCCCCGCUCGAUCACCCAACUUUGGCGGGUUGUGGGAGGCAUGUGUCAAAUCGAUGAAACAUCACCUCCGUCGCAUCAUCGGAAACGCAUUCCUAUGUCAGGAAGCUUUCAUCACCGUGCUAGCUCAAAUUGAAAGCUGCCUCAACUCGAGGCCAAUUACACCCCUAUCCAGCGAUCCCAACGAUAUGCAGGUUUUGACACCCGGCCAUUUUCUCAUCGGUCGGCCGCUUAAUGCUCUACCCGAUCAUGACUACACUGACAUUCCAGAGAACCGUCUCAAAUUAUGGGAACGCAUUCAACGGUGCACGCAGCACUUUUGGCAACGAUGGCAUCGGGAAUACCUUUCUGGUCUUCAAAGGCGCUACAAAUGGUCAAAGUUCACCGCUAAUUUGGUUGUCGGCUCUAUCGUCCUGCUGCAGGAAGAUUCGGUACCAGUGCUGAAAUGGCCUAUGGGGCGAGUAUAA